AUGGCGUAUGUUUGGAUCAUAUUUUGUAUCAUCGAUCUUUACCUGGCAUCGCUUAGUUCACGCAAGCAUCCUUUCCUACUCUCGAUCGGAUUUUUCAUCGUCAACGUUCAUUUCGUGAUCAUUCUCACGGUCGGCAUUCGUCUGUCUAAGGCAAUGGUUGUAUUCUGUUCUUUGUUAUUUGUGAUAGUUAUGGAAAUGUCAUUGCUUACGGUAGCUCUUUUGGCCAUAAUCUUCGCCUCUUUGUCAAAAGAGAAUAACCUUGGAUUUACCGUUGAAGAAUUGGCUAGUUACUUCGCCGUUGGCAUCGUCGAACUGGUCUACCUUAUUUGGAUGAACAUCGUGCUGUACGAAUGUUAUCAAUUUAUGUGCUACAUAAAGCCUGACUUUACUAACACGCGUUCAACGGGGACCGUCAGAUCAUAUGCAUCUUAUCAAUCGAUGAAUCAUGUCCUGGCUGCUUUCCCAAUUUGA